AUGCUUGGCCUGGAGGAUGGCGCCUUAUUGCGGGCACUAAAGAGAGUUGUCCGCUUGGCCCCAGACACCACGUUUAGUGCCAUACAGCAAGAGGCCCUCAUUCUAGAGGAAGAAAACCUGGGCUCAAGGUCACCCCACGCUACCUGCGCUGCAGUAAGGGAACAUAACCCCUCUAGAUCUCACCCACAGGCUGAAUUGUGGAAGCAGGAGCUAAAGCGGGAGAUCGUAGACGAACUGAAGGACUUCACUCGUGAACUCCUCCGGGAGUUGAGACCAAACAGCCCUGUACACGUGCCCAUACAUCGCAAAGCCCCCCAGCGCUCAACCGAAAGAAGGUACAACCCUCAGUUUGCUGACCGACGGGAUGAAAGAGCUCAAAGGCGAGGAGUCAGGAUCCUUGCGCGGAGUGAGAUUGUCAUCUGGGGACGGACCAGAGCUGGACCAGCGGGGAAGGACUACUGUGGCCUAGUAGAGGCCCUUGAAGAGACUAGCGCUGUUUGUGUAGCCCGCACGCUAGUGUUCGUCAGAGACGGUAGGAUCCCUGUCCGCCUUAGAAAUUUGAAUAAUUUCCCCAUUUCACUUGGACGCUACCAGAAGAUUGGCCGCCUGUAUCAAGUGGACAGCUCAGAUGUCUAUGGUGCGUGCGAUGUAGACCUGAUCCUCAAUGGCGAUGGCGAAAUUGAGGUUGGGCUGGUAGAAGCAGGGGGACCUGGAACUGAGACGUUUGAUAUGGAAGCCCCCCUUGAUAGAACAGAUUUGACGCUAGAACAAUCUGACAGGCUGGCCAUGCUCUUACAGAAAUGGGGGACGGUGUUUUCGAAACAUGAGGAGGAUUUUGGUCGGACGGACGCCGUCAUGCACACCAUUCCCACGGGAGAUGCAUGCCCCACUAGGGAACGAUUUAGAUCCUUGCCCCCACUCAUGUACAAAGAGAUGAGAUGCUGUGGUAGGAUUGUGUCAGUCCCACUGAUGGACACCAACGAGAGUCUUCAACAGUCAACGAGUACCUACAUUCCCUGA